CAGUGGCAAAUUCAAUCAGAUCAACUGCGAACAUUCUCCAAUAACCAGACACCGGGACGCUUGAGCACACUGGGACGAUUUCUGGGUUGUGCUGCUUCUUGUUUUGUUUUAUUUUUACAUUUUCUGCAACAAACACUGGGCCAUCAUUAACAUCAUGAAGGAAAGGAGAAAUACACAGCCGCUGGUGGUGAGAUGUAAACUGGUUCUUGUGGGAGACGUUCAAUGCGGAAAAACGGCGAUGUUGCAAGUCCUGGCGAAGGAUUGCUAUCCAGAGACCUACGUGCCCACGGUAUUUGAAAACUACACAGCCUGUCUGGAGCUGGAGGAGCAGCGAGUGGAGCUAAGUCUGUGGGACACUUCAGGUUCUCCAUACUAUGAUAAUGUAAGGCCCCUGUGCUACAGUGACUCAGAUGCAGUUUUGCUGUGUUUUGACAUCAGCCGUCCUGACACUGUGGACAGCAGUCUGAAGAAGUGGAAAACUGAGAUCCUGGACUUCUGUCCGAGCACACGGAUCCUGCUCAUUGGCUGUAAGACCGACCUGCGCACAGAUGUCUGCACGCUGAUGGAGCUGUCCAAUCAGAAACAGACUCCUAUCACCUAUGAGCAGGGUUCUGCUAUGGCCAAGCAGCUGGGUGCAGAGGCCUACCUGGAGUGUUCAGCGUUUACCUCGGAGAAAAGCAUCCACAGCGUGUUCCGCACGGCAGCGAUGGCCUGCAUCAACAAGCUGCAGCCUCUCCCAAAGCCCAGCCCCACCCGCCGCCUCUCCAAAAGACUUCUCCACCUGCCCAGCAAGUCUGAUUUGCUUUCCUCCACCUUCAAGAAGGAGAAGGCCAAGAGUUGCUCGGUCAUGUGAGUGGAGACCUCUUGGGUUACAGUCCUCACAUGCAACUCCCAGCCCCUGCCUCUUUGGUCUCGGGGAAGGGGGGGUGGGCACGAUGGUUUUAUCAGGGCUUCCUGCUGAAUCCUUCCCUCACCCCCCCAGAAACCAAACACCCCUCAGAAGAGGUGGACACUUCGCUGUCCACUUGCUCCUGAACCUUUUAGCGCACACACAUCUUUUUCCACUACUGUUUAUCUUGCUUUUGAACAAACAACAUCAGUCAAGGUUUGAUCAUCAAGCUAUCGUUUUUUCGCCUGUAAACAGUAUGCAACUACAAUGGUGUUACAUCUGUCUGAUUUUACUAUCUCUAGGCACAUGUUGAUUUUGUCCAAAUUGGAAAUGUGCAACAUGUGACGAUUAAUCUUGUGAUGUAAAAGCCUCUCAGACAAUUCAAUUGGUAUAAGUACAAAAACAGUUCUAGCAUGAAACCGUCAGGAAUUAGCAACAUCCUGUACAUCCCUCUUAGUAAGGUGUGUGAGGUGUGAAAUAGCUUAUCGCUGGUGUCCCUAUUUAGGCCUUUGAAAGCACAGAGAGUAAAAGGAGUAGUGGGACAAACCACAGUGAAGAGCUAUUACAUAUAUAGAGCUGUUCUCGUUGUCUCAUUGGUGAUGAGAGCAGGGAUAAGAGCUGUGAAUGCAGGCUGCUGUGCAGACAGCAGUCUAGACUAAUUCAACCUGCAUGGAUUGUUGAUGCAUGGUUGUGUAGCUCUGGACAGCGCUGCUCCACAGGUUUCAGUGGAGGAGCCUGAAGAGGCUCUGUUUGUACAAAUCGACAAAAAUGUG